AUGGCUUCCCUGGUAGCAAUUGUGGAUGUCAAGGGCAAGUCGCUGAUCCAGAGAUCCUACAGAGAUGAUAUCGAACCAUCCACAGUGGAGAGGUUCUUGCCUCUUCUGCUGGACAUGGAGGAAGAGAGCGGUGGAGCAGCUGUGGCUCCUUGUUUCACGAGCGAAGGCAUCAAUUACAUGUUUGUCAGGCACAACAACCUAUAUCUGCUCGCUCUCUCGAGGCGCAAUAGCAAUGCAGCAGAGCUCCUCCUUUUCCUUCACAAGCUCGCCUCUGUGCUAGAAGAGUACUUCAAAGAGCUAGAGGAAGAAAGCAUCCGGGACAACUUUGUCAUCAUUUACGAAUUGCUGGAUGAGAUGAUGGACUUUGGUUAUCCACAGACUACAGAGAGCAAAAUUUUGCAGGAAUACAUCACCCAAGAAUCGCACAAGCUGGAAGUCCAAGUUCGGCCUCCGAUGGCGGUCACCAACGCAGUAUCGUGGCGUAGCGAAGGCAUCAGGUAUAGGAAGAAUGAGGUAUUUCUGGAUGUGGUGGAGAGCGUCAACUUGCUGGUGAAUGCAAACGGCAACGUGGUCAGGUCGGAGAUCUUGGGAGCUGUCAAGAUGAAAUGCUACCUUUCCGGCAUGCCUGAGCUCAGGCUGGGUCUGAACGAUAAGGUCAUGUUCGAGAGUACUGGAAGAGCUUCUCGCGGCAAAGCGAUCGAGAUGGAAGAUGUCAAAUUCCAUCAAUGCGUCAGGUUGUCCAGAUUCGAAAAUGAUCGGACCAUCUCUUUCAUUCCUCCGGAUGGAGAGUUCGAGCUGAUGAGCUACAGAUUGAGCACACAAGUCAAGCCGCUGAUUUGGGCCGAGGCGGUCGUGGAGCGGCACGAGGGUAGCAGGAUCGAAUUCAUGGUGAAGGUCAAAGCUCAAUUCAAGAGGCGAUCCACUGCGAACAACGUCGAGAUCAAUGUGCCUGUUCCAGAUGACGCUGAUUCGCCUAAAUUCAGGGCCGCUGUGGGCUCUGUCCACUACGCACCCGAGAAAUCAGCGAUGGUUUGGAAGAUCAAGCAGUUGGCUGGAGGAAAGGAAUUCUUGAUGCGAGCUCAUUUCGGUCUACCAAGCGUAAAGAAUGAGGAAAUGCUUGAUCGCAGAACCCCGAUCAAUGUCAAGUUCGAGAUUCCGUACUUUACCGUGUCGGGCAUUCAAGUGAGGUACCUCAAGAUUGUGGAGAAAUCUGGCUAUCAAGCUUUGCCCUGGGUGCGGUACAUCACGCAGGUGAGCGUCCGAGAUCUCGAGCAUGUGUCACGAUACUAGCCACUGAAUUGUGCUCGCGCCACGUUCCGACUUCGCAGCACGGCGAGUAUGACCUACGUACCAUGAACGACAAAGCGGCGGGUAAGUCUUCUCGGUCGUUGUGUCGUCACAACGCGUGACAGGCCUGAUCAUCCGCCGCUCGGGUGUCCACGGCUCGCGCUGACCACGUUCCGCUUUCCUCCGUUCUACAGCUCGCUUGGCGCCAUUUGCAGCGUGAUGCACAUGGUCUGAGGCUGCUCUCGCCUUUGCACUCGAAUCGCAUCUCUAUUUCCUGCGACAUUUGUGCCUGAAGGGCUUUCCGUUUUGCGAAUCAC